UGUGCGUUAGGCUCUCCAGGCGACCUGUUUUUCCUGCUCUGAGAUUUAGCCGUACCUAUCUGUUCCGAGCAUUUGACUGCUUUUAUGGUGUUGUUCAGUGGUAGGAAAAUUGCACGAUAUAAUGGAAAGUGUAAUUACAACCGUCUAGUAUGAAAACCAGAAUUUCUUUUGUCUCGUGCGAACCUUAUAGCAUUUUGAAACUCAAGCCUUCAAUGCUCAUGCUGACUGCUUACUAAUGCUUCUUUGUGGAGAUAGAGAAGCAUAAAGAGUGAAUCCCAAACACUAAAGAUGCAGGCCACAAGAAACCGACAUUAAUUUGGAAGAGCUUAAGAGAAAAAAAAAAAAAAUCUUUUGAGACGACCACAAUGCAUAUUUUUAGCCAAAGACCAACGUCUUUGAGGAUAUCGUUCCUCUUUCUCCUGUUUGUUCUUCAAGUUCUGAGCUACACUUCGGCCAACCACUGGGGACAACACAGAGGCGUGGACCGCUUCGGGCGCCGCAACCUGGGGCGGCACCGGCGGAAGGAGGGCGGGCGGCGCAACGGCAUGGGCGGGGGGGGCGGGGGGGGAAGCGAGCUGCCCCCCCACUUCGACCCCACCUCGCCCACGCAGAUCAAGGCGCAGCUGGGCUCGAGCGCUUAUCUGCCGUGCAAAAUCAAGAAUCUGGGAGAUAAGACGGUCUCAUGGAUCCGCAACCGGGACGCGCACAUCCUCUCCGUAGACCGGUACACCUUCAUCGCGGACGCCCGGUUCAUGGCGUGGCACGAGGCCGUCACGCAGACGUGGACGCUGCAGAUCAAGUUCGUGCAGGCGAGGGACGCCGGCAGCUACGAGUGCCAGCUGUCCACCGAGCCCAAGAUGAGCCACUUCGUCCACCUCACGGUUGUUUCCCCGAGAGUGACAAUUCCAGGUGGAUCGGAAAUCCACGUGCGGAGCGGAAGCACAGUGACCAUCAAGUGUGUAGUGAGUCAUGCCCUACAGCCGCCCAACUACGUCUUCUGGUACCAUGAGGACACCCGCGUCUCCGAGAGCUCCUGGGCGGGUGUGCAGCAGACGCCCCUGACGCAGGUUUCGGGAGAAGCCAGCGUCGCCGCUUUGACCAUAACCUCCGUGGACCAACAGCAUGCAGGAAACUACACUUGCGCCCCAGCUGCUCUCACGCCCGUGUCGGCCACGCUGCAUGUCCUUCUUAAUGGAGAGCGCCCCGCCGCCAUGCAACACGGGACGAGCGGCGCCGUCGCAGCGUCCUCCUUCUCCCGGAGGAACGCCCUCUUCCUCAGCGUCUUCGCCUUCGUCGAGCUCCUUCAGACACUCCUGCGGUGAUGGUCUCAACCGGACGCGCCCUUCCUCUUCUCCCCUUUUCUUUCCCUUUCUUCUUCCCUCAUUUUUCGUCUUCUUUUUUAAUUGUGAAUCGUGAGCUUAUAAGGACCUAGUUGUGUUGAGUGUGGGUCAUUGUACAAGAACCUGAAAUGCCGGGAGUUGUGGCGCGUUUUAAGCUGUUCUGUCCGUCUAUGACCUGUGAACAGCGAUGAACUGUUCUGAACAACUCUGAACUGCGAACUUUGAAAACUACGAUGAACUUUCAUCAACUAUUGCCUAUGAAAAAAAACUGUGAAUUGUGCACAACAUUGAAAACAGAAAGAAAUGUGAGCUAUGUACAUCUGUGCAUUUAUUGAAGAAAUGUGAACAGUUGUGGAUUAUGAACAUGGAUUCUUCUUUUCUGGCUGUUGAAACUAUCUAUACCUCGUGUGUGUGUGUGUGUGUGUGUUUUUCAUUCAAGAGAAGUGAUAUGUAUGUCAUGUCUAAGCGAUACAGUUUCCAAAAUAUAAAUAUAUAUAUAUACAAUAUGUGUUCAUCGUUCAAAAUGGAAACAUGGUUCACAUUUGGUGUUUAUGCCAAGACAGAAGAGAUUGAUGAUUUCUGUUUUGAUUUGUUUUGUUAUCAUUAUUAAUAUUAAUACCUCAGAAAGAAUGACAACAGUGGAAGAAAACUAUGUUCUAAACAGGCUGCACAUUUCCAAACAAUACAUGUAUAUAAUCCCAGCAAAUGUAUUCAUUGUUGGUGUUUAACGUGAAAAUAUGAAUGGAUUAUUUUGUGUAUCUGUAUAUUAAUUUCGACAAAAAAUACCUACUACAGUAUAUAUUGUCAAUGAAAGUGAAGAAAACAAAGAGAAAAAUUCGCAUGAUGUAAAGAGUGACUUUCUAAAAGAAAUUAUAACGUACAUGUUCAGAACAUCUUGCUACAGCGUUCACCUUCACUCAAUGAACAAAGGUGACUGUUGAUAGUGGACCAGUGACCCCUUUCUAAAAAUAGAUACGUCGGUUUUAGUCAAAUAAAAGCUGGAACACUUGAACGAAGGAGGAACAGAGGAGAACAGAUCAGUAGCGUGGGAGAAGAACACGUUAAAUGUAAAAACCUGAGUAGUGUAAUGUUCUAUUUUUCUUGUACGAGAAUGUGUGCUAUAGAUGUAUACAUAUGAAGGACACUUGUAAAUAAUUUGAUAACCGGUGAACUGAAAACACCCCGUGAACAUUUUUUUUUUCUUUGUUAAUCUACGGAUUACAAACAUGCGCUUAUAUAAUGGGUGUUUCAGAAUACCCAAAGAAACUAUAUACCUACUAUUGGUAUCCAUACUCCAUUAUCCCUCAUGGUACCCAGCCGACCCGAUACCCGUGCUAGCUCAAUGACUCUUAUCCUUAAUGUCAAGUAAAUAUGACGUACCUUGAUAUAUACCCCAGUGAACAUACCCCUUGGUGCCUAGUUAUGAUAGUAUGGUACUCAAAUUAUUCCCUUCUUCACUCCUUUCCUCCAU